GCCGCGCUGCGGGGGCCGCUCCCGCCCCUGCCCGCCCCCGGCGGUGCCGGUGCCCGGUCCCCCGGUCUGUCGGUCGGCGGGGCGGGCGGUGCCUGCGGCGGGCGGCGCGGAGGGAGUUUCCAGGAAGUGGCCAUAUUGGAUCCAUUGAGCCGGGAGCGCCGCGCCAGCCCGGCCAUGGCCGCCACCGACCUGGAGCGCUUCUCGAAUGAAGAGAAGAGGAACCUCUCCCUGGGGGGCCAUGUGGGCUUCGACAGUCUCCCCGACCAGCUGGUCAGCAAGUCUGUCACACAAGGCUUCAGCUUCAACAUCCUCUGCGUGGGUGAGACCGGCAUUGGGAAAUCCACACUAAUGAAUACGCUCUUCAAUACCACGUUUGAGACGGAGGAGGCCAGUCACUACGAGAGCGCGGUUCGCUUGCGGCCACGGACCUAUGACUUGCAGGAGAGCAACGUCCACCUGAAGCUGACGAUUGUGGACGCGGUUGGAUUUGGGGAUCAGAUAAAUAAAGAUGAAAGUUACAGGCCUAUAGUUGAGUACAUUGAUACGCAGUUUGAAAACUAUUUGCAAGAAGAGCUGAAAAUCCGCCGAUCUCUCUUCAACUAUCAUGACACGAGGAUUCACGUCUGCCUGUACUUCAUCACCCCAACUGGGCACUCGCUCAAGUCCUUGGACCUGGUGACGAUGAAGAAGUUGGAUAGCAAGGUGAACAUCAUCCCCAUCAUUGCCAAGGCAGACACCAUCUCCAAGAGCGAGCUGCACAAGUUCAAGAUCAAGAUCAUGAGCGAGCUGGUCAGCAACGGGGUGCAGAUCUACCAGUUCCCCACGGACGACGAAGCGGUCGCAGAGAUCAACUCCGUGAUGAACGCUCACCUGCCCUUCGCCGUGGUGGGCAGCACGGAGGAGGUGAAGGUUGGGAACAAGCUGGUGAGAGCUCGGCAGUACCCGUGGGGAGUGGUGCAGGUUGAGAAUGAAAGUCACUGUGACUUUGUGAAGCUACGGGAAAUGCUGAUUCGAGUCAACAUGGAAGAUCUUCGGGAGCAGACCCACACCCGCCACUACGAGCUGUACAGGAGGUGCAAGCUGGAGGAGAUGGGCUUCAAGGACACAGAUCCAGACAGCCAACCCUUCAGCCUCCAAGAAACGUAUGAGACCAAAAGGAAAGAGUUCUUGGGCGAGCUCCAGAAGAAAGAGGAAGAAAUGAGACAAAUGUUUGUUAACAAAGUCAAGGAGACGGAGGCAGAGCUGAAAGAGAAGGAGAGAGAGCUGCAUGAGAAAUUUGAGCACUUAAAAAGGAUACACCAGGAAGAGAAGAGGAAGGUGGAGGAGAAGAGGAGGGAGCUGGAGGAAGAGAUGAACGCCUUCAACAGGCGGAAAGUAGCGGUGGAAACCUUGCAGUCCCAAUCCUUGCAGGCUACCUCACAGCAGCCGCUGAAGAAGGACAAAGACAAGAAAAAUUAAUCUCACACAGACUUUCAGGCCAAGAGUGGACUUGGUGCUUUCAUGUGUUAAGUUGCUUGUUUCCCACCCCGUGACCCUUCUCAUAACAUUGUGUGAAUGGACCAAAGUGAAAGAGAACAUGAGCAUCUUCGGUGGCUGCAGCGAUGGCCUCGCUGCUGUGUGUACAGGACUGACAGGAGGUGUUAAGGAAGUAACCUGAUCAUGUACAUUUGGUUAAAAUCAACUAAUCCCUAAAGUAAGGUGUUUCAUUCUAAACCCAGUGAUGGAGCAGCUGUGUAUAGAGUGACCGUAACUGUCUGUCUCAGCUCAUCUUACCCACCAGCUCAAUGCUUGUGGUCUAGAGUUUCUGUUUGAAUUGGCCAAGGUGGCUGCCUGAGACUCGUCCACCUUCCCUGUCCACUCACAGACGUGAGGAGCGGUAUCAAGAACGCCGAAACAUUUAUUUUUCUAACAAAACUCUCAAUUUGAAUAAGUUUUUAGAAUGGGUAGAAAAACACAAUGCUUAGACUUUCCGCCCUGGGAAUCUUAGCCCAGUAAUUAUAUAUUUUAAUCCUGAAUUACUCUAAACACUUUCUACAUCAUUUAUAAUAUAUAUAUAUAUAUAUAUAAAGAGAGAGAGUGGUUAUGAAAAUUAACGGGACAAUGUUUAGAAUUUUCUUUACUGCUGAAGUAGAACAUUUAUAUAGAAAGAUUUUUCAUAAGAGUUUGUUGUAUAAUGUGGAACUACAGGAUUUGUGUAACUUUCCGUUUGUCACUUACCAACGUAUUUUACUGUUGUGGAAAAGUUAUUUAAGCGCUCACCUUUACUUUGACUCUUUAACCUUAAACUUCUUAUGUGCCUGAUAAGGAGAGUCCCCUAAUCCUGAGCUGUGCCCCUGUUUAUGGCAAUAGGCUCGUUCCUCUUAGAAGGUGCUUCCUUUGACGCUCCUCAUGCCAACGAAUCGCGGCCGUGUUUUCCUGGGUGACCGAGCUUAGAGCAAUAAUUACGAUCAAUAUUAUUCUUUUUUCCAUUUUGUGAUAAGGCAGGAUGAUAACUGAACAGAAUAACAGAAAAACAGUUGGACCCAAAUCCAUCCAUCCAUCAGAUAACAGGCUAAAAGAAAGCAAAUAUUUUAUAUUAACCCCACAUAGUGUCUUUAGAGUUUAUAAAAGCACCGGCUGGCUAAGUGUCGGGUGUGGGGGUGUGCGUUUUGAUUUAGUUAUUAAUGUCGCAGGAUAUCUCUGAUUUUGUUUUCUUAAAGACCUGUCUUUAAGCUGAGACGGCAGCGAGUUCCCCGAUGGACUCGCGAUGGGGAGCAGGGCCCCGCGCCCGAGCCGUCCCGGGCUCUUCUUCCACUCCCCUGUCCCAUUAAACCAGCUUGUUUUGGUUUCUUCCCCUAAAUACAUGCUCAGGUGUCAAACCGUUUUCAUCUGGACAUUGGCCAUUUAUAUGGAUAUAUUGAAAAUUACAUCAGCGCUACUUAGUGCUUGUAUGAAACAACCUCAUGAAGAUCUCGCAGGUACCUUUUAGAACAGGCUGUUUUUCAGAAUAAAAGUCAUGCACACGUAUUAGCAGUCUGCUGAAAGCUGGACGUUUGAUUUUUCAGGCUGUUCCUCCAGGUUAGGUGUGUUUUAAAGAGUAACUGUCCAAUGGUAGGAGGGCCCGUGUGUUUUGCUCAGAGAAGCGCACGAGGAGCCCAACCUGCUGCUCCAUGCACGGAGACAACCCCAGCUCACCCCGAUUGCAGCCCGGUCGUGCACCAACUUAGGGGCAGGAUUUGGAUUUGUUUUGCUAAUGAGAGAAACUCCAGUGCACUAAUUGGCCGAGUGAGCAGCGCUAUUCAGUUCGUUGUGUUGCUUCUCAAGGGCAACGCCACAAAAGCGGAGAUAGACCCAUCACUGCUGAUAUUGGGCUGCAAACGCCAUCGCUGCCCAGCCCCUCGUCUUCUCCCCAUCUCCUGCAGGGAGAUCUGGGCAAAUCUGUGCAGACCUGUGCAAAUGGUUCCAUCUGCCCUGGCUCAGCAGAGCUCCACCCUUUGCUCCUAGAAUAACAGCUCGUUCAGAAUAAUCAUAACGAAAGACUAAAAACCUUCAAACCCGUGGGCAUUGUGGAGAAAUUUCCAGCUUUUCUGAUGAAGACAUUCAGAAUGUAUGUAACAAUAUUUUAAUGAUUAUUAUUAUUAUUAUUAUGUGUACGUUGACUUUAUGUUGUGACAGACAUACCUUUCCAUUGUAGUAACGUGUUCUCCAGAGCAGUCAACAUCGUAACCUCCCUGAUGGCACUCGGUAGUUUUUCCUCUCCAGUACCUGAUUUUUCCUACAGGCUGACACAAGAUUUCAGUAUGUGCUAUAUAGGAUAGCUCUGUACCUUAUCUUUAUUUAACAAGUUACAAAUACAUGCUGAUGCGAAUCUCACUCCAGUCUGAAGAUUUACAUCUUCUAGGCUAGAAGUGAAAAGCCCUUCAGAAAUGAGCAAAGCUGUUCAGUUACCCACCUUUUAGCUGCUUCAUACAUUUAUCUGUAAAAGGUUCACGUUAAUGGGAAAAACUGUCUGUUUUUUCAAUCGUGUAAACAUUUGCCAUCAUGUAUGUUGUCUGCUUUCUAAUUUAAAGUGUGUUUUUGUGGCUCUGAGCUCUGUCGGUGUCACGUCGGAGGGGCCUCGGGGACCGGCCAGGGUUGCGGCCCCUCCACGUGCCACGUCCCUUUGCCAUUCCAAACGUGUUCACUUGUUUUGUUUAAUUUUCAGUUCUUUCCGCUCACUUUGUACUUUUUUUUUUUCUUUUUCUUUUAUUAAAUCUCAUGUAUUUUGA